ACUCCCUGCAUUUCACAGCCAACUAAGUCAAGUAGAAAACUUCCUUGUCUUUUGCAACUCUUUGAGUAGAAACAUAAAAAAGAAAGGAAAAAAAAAAGAGAUGGCUGGUAUGUCUGGUCACUGGGCUUUUGCUUUUGGUGUCCUUGGCAACAUAGUCUCAUUCAUUGUGUUCCUUUCUCCAAUACCCACGUUUUGUAAAAUUUACAAGAAGAAAUCAACAGAAGGGUAUCAAUCAAUUCCAUACGUGAUUGCUCUCUUUAGCUCCAUGCUUUGGAUUUACUAUGCACUUUUGAAGACCAACACAACACUUCUCAUAACAAUUAACUCCUUUGGUAUGUUCAUUGAGACUAUCUAUGUUGGUCUCUACCUUUACUAUGCACCAAAGAAAGCCAAGGUCCAAACGGUAAACAUGCUACUUUUAACAGUGGUUGGUGGAUUUGGUGCAAUAAUUUUGGUUACUCAAUUUCUAUUCAAAGGAGCCGUUCGUGGACAAGUUGUUGGAUGGAUUUGCCUUAUUUUCUCCUUAUGUGUCUUUGUUGCACCCUUAGGCAUUGUGAGAAAAGUCAUCAAAACAAAAAGUGUGGAAUACAUGCCAUUACUUCUAUCAGUUUUUCUCACAUUAAGUGCUGUUAUGUGGUUCUUCUACGGUCUCCUACUAAAAGACAUUAACAUUGCAGCUCCAAAUGUAUUGGGAUUCAUCUUUGGUAUACUUCAAAUUGUGCUGUAUGCAAUAUACAGCAAAAAAGAGAAGGUCAUUCUAAAGGAACAGAAACUUCCAGAAAUACAAACUCCUGCAGUAAUUGUGAAGGAUGAGAACAUGAAUAUUAAUAAGAAGCUUCCAGAACUUACACAGGAACAAAUUAUUGAUAUAGUAAAACUUGGUUUACUGGUCUGCUCAGAUAAAGUACAGGUUGCCACGUGUCCAAAUGAUACUAAUUGUGGAGUUAAAGCCACUAAUAAUAAUGUAGAAAACAUGUCCAAGCUGCAAACAGCGGCUUAAUUUGGGAUUAAUCUCAGUUUAAUUGUCAUUCCUUUGCUUUCCUUUUGAGUUAAUUUCCUAGUCCUAGUUUUCUUUUGUAAUGUACUCAAAAAGAUAAUAUAGCAAUAAAAAUAAGUUUUUAAUCCAA